AUCUACCAGUCUAUAUUUAGCAGCGGCAGCCAAAAAGCAGCUGAAUCAGCUGACUGGAAGCUGCUACCCUGAUGUGCAGCCUUGGUUUAGACAGCAACACACUCAGUCCUGGAAAUCAAGGAGAACAGACAGCACAGAAGAGAGACGCUGAGCCUGGAGAUUUCAAAACAGUCCAGCCGUAGCUGCCACAAACAACAGUCAGGUAAGAAGGGAGCAAGAGCAUUCUAAUAGAAAAUGUGGUCGGUCAUAAUGAAUGUUGUGGUGAGAAUUUAGAGCUCAAAGGAGGCAGGGCUGGGGGGGGGGAUAAAUAUACAAGUAUGGAUUAGGCCACUGUUGCCAGCUUAGAGCUUGCCAUUUUUGUGACCAAGGAAGCAGGAAAAACCAGAGGGUGCCUGGAGUAGUGGUGGAGGAAGGGAGCCACAUUGUGACCUCUGUUCAUAAUGACCACGGGAGCAAUAAUGCCAGGGAGAUCUUUAUCUGGUGUGUUUGCCAAUCCUACUGAUGUAAGCAAGGCUUACUACCAGUGUACUACUACGCUGCGCCAAGGACCUGAGGUGAAAAGGUCAGUUACAUCGGGGUUUCGAUGCAUCGUGGGGCUACGACAUCAAGCCUAAUUCUAGGACUUUCUCCCCUGUUCCCGCCUCAUUUCCCCAACACCCACUUGGUGCAGCAUCUUGCCUGAUGAAGCCUUCAAGUGAAAUCAACAGCUUAGUAAUUUGUGACAUUUUGGAUACUCCUAAUAAAGGCACUGCACAACUGUGGGAGUUAAUAAAGGGAAGAGGAACACAGAGAAAAAGAGAGAGAUUAAGAUGCUACAAUCGCUUUUAAAGUAAGCUUUUCCCACCCCAGCGAGUAAAUACUGAAUUCUAUUGCCUUUUUUUCUUACCAAGUUGCCACUGUUACAUUUUGCAUUUCUUCACCGACUCCUUGGGGCUGGUUCCCACCAUCUUCCUAUCAUCUGCCCACCUCCCUCUUUCUUCAGCCUGGAGCCCCCCAUCUUUUUGGAACUACAACGUGGUGGGCACCAGGUUGGCAAAGGUUAGUGUAGCGCAUCAGGAAACCUGACCACCACAGCAGGUGAAGGAGAGGGACUUAGGAAAGGGCCAAGGGGAGAAUGAGCAGAAAGAGACAUGCCUCCAUUUUCUCUUGAUUCAACUGGAGAUUUAAAUGGCAAGAGUCCACUGCCUGCGGCAGUCCUCUUAAGGACUACCAAAGUGAAAGUGUCUGGAAAGCUUAAAAAAAAGUAAGUUUUCCUUUUAAGCGACUAGACAUAGCAGUUUAAGAAGAGCAAUGAAGCUGUCACACCGUACCUUUAAAGCACAUGACUUCCCUCAAAGAACCCUGGGAACUGUAGUUCACCUCUCACAGAACUGCAAUUUCUGACAGAACUACAAUUCCUCUUAAAAAGUUCCCAGGAUCCUUUGGGAAAAGCUAUGCGAUUUAAAUGUAUGGUGUGUGUGUGACCUGAAUUCAAUAUCCCCUGGGCCCUGUGAGUAAACAGGAAAACAUGGAAAGAGCUAUUCGUUGUUUAGUUGCAGGUCUAGAGAGCUGUUGAGUAAAGUGUUAUAGAAGUCAGGGCAACUGCUAUGGGACAUAUAUCCUUCCCAUAUCAAGGAGAAAGGAAUUAUCCUUUUGAGGUAGAACUACCCCAGGCUUUUAAACUGGUUUGAAUCUGGCUUGUAUUUCCUGGAAGAAUCUUGGGAAUUGUAGUUUGGUAAGAAUGCUGAGGGUUCUUUGCAAUUACCCUGGCUAAGAUUUGCUUUGUAGCCAUAUCCAAUAUUCUGUGGCUCCUUGCUCCUGAAUUUAUCCCCAACUCCUACUCCCACACUUUUUCCUCAUCAUUCAGCAAACUCAACUAUAUAGCCAAAAUGGCAAUGUGGUCUAUGCUCUGGUAACCUCUAGGUUAGAUUAGUGCACUGUGUUAUAUGUGGGGCUGCUGCUGAAGACAGUUUGGAAACUUCAGCUUGUGCAGAAUUCAGCAGUCAGGUUGCUCACCGAGGCAAGAUGGUUUGAGCAUACUACGCCAAUCCUGGCCCAACUGCAUUUGCUACUGAAUAGUUUCUGGCUCCAAUUUAAAGUGCCGGCUUUGACCUGUAAAACCUUAAAUGGCUCAGGACCACAAUGCAUCAAGGACUAACUCUCCCCAUAUGAAUGGACCCAGACCCUGUGACCAUCCUCUGAGGUCCUCUCUGUGUGCCUCCACCAUUAGAGGUCCAGAGGGUGGCAACACAAGAAGGGGCCUUUUCUGUGGUGGCUCCCCAUUUGUGGAAUGCUCUCUCCAAGGAGGCUUCAUUCAUAUUGCUAGGUACCUCUUCAACCAGGCCUUGGGCUGAUUAAACAAUCUAUAGUAUUUUAAAUGUGUUGGGAGUAUUGAUGGUGGCGGUGUUAUGUGUUAUGUGUUUUAUGUUGUAAACCACCCUGUGCUCUUCAGAUGAAGGGUGGCAUAUAAAUCUAAUAAAUUAUAAUAACAAUAAUUGCAGGCUUGGGGAAACCGAAAGUUUGGCAGAGGUACAAAUUGCUUUAGAAAGAAAACACUAACCCAGGGAAAUAGUUUAUUACUAAUAUUUGGUUAACAACAUUUGUAUGCUGUUUUUCAACAAUAAUGGUUCUCUUACUCUCUUUUAAAACUGUGGUGGGAGGUGCAGUGCAAGGGAUAUGAUUUGUGCGUUUCCCUUUCUAUGGGUGGAAAGGCCCACUCCUGUUGCUCCUUCACUGUGCAGGAGAUUUGGAUCCACUGGAGUAUGGAUCCCCACCCCACAGAGCCCAUGGGGGGAACACAGGUAAAGGGACCCCUGACUGUUAGGUCCAGUCACAGACGACUCUGGGGUUGUGGCGCUCAUCUCGCUUUACUGGCCGAGGGAGCCAGUGUACAGCUUCCGGGUCAUGUGGCCAGCAUGACUAAGCCGCUUCUGGCGAACCAGAGCAGCACACGGAAACACCGUUUACCUUCCCGCCGGAGCGAUAGGUACCUAUUUAUCUACUUGCACUUCGACGUGCUUUCGAACUGCUAGGUAGGCAGGAGCAGGGACCGAACAAUGGGAGCUCACCCCAUUGUGGGGAUUCGAACCGCCGACCUUCUGAUCGGUCACCCGCGUCCCUAUUCUCAAAUAAACAUAUUCUCCAAUAAACACCACAGAAAGGGGAAAGGGGAAAAGAAAAACACCAUCAUCUCGUCCCAGUCCAAAUAUUCUGAAUCUAGUAGUUCCUCCACCUCAAAUUUUCCGCAUCUCAUGGGAUCGCUUUGCCCUGUCUGGUUAUUUAUCAAAUUGCUAUCCUAUUCUCCCUCACACCCAUAGGAGCUGAGGGUGGCACCCAACCAAGUAACAAAACAGUGAAAAAAUAAAAUACUUAUUUAAAAUAUCAACUAUGUCUAUUUUAAAAAAUAAAAUAUAUAAAACACUCCACAAGCAUAAACACUUAUAUAUCAGGAAAUUUAUAUUCAGUCCAAGGGUUAAGCAGUGUUUCCAAACUUGGGUCUCCUGCUGUUGUUGCAGCUACAAUUCCCACCAUCCCUGACCACUGCUUCUGGUAGCUAGAGAUGAUGGGAGUCCAAAAACAGCUAGAGACCCAAGUUUGGAAAACUCUGGGCUAACCUAUCACGGCUGGCUACAACUAACCAGCCCAGUUAGGAGAAGCCCACAAAGGCUUCCAUGCAACAGGGCUUUCAUCCCUCUCCUCCCUCCAUGCUCCCCCUUCAGUUGCCUCGUGGGGCUGAGGAGAACCCUCAGAACAGCGCAUAGGGUGAGGAGAGGGGAGAUUCUUCCAUCAGGCAAGUACCAACUUGUACAACUUGUACCAACAGUGUGAUAACCUUAGAGCAUGGGUAGGCAAACUAGGGCCCGGGGGCCGGAUCCAGCCCAAUUGCCUUCUAAAUCCGGCCCGCGGACGGUCUGGGAGUCAGCGUGUUUUUACAUGAGUAGAAUGUGCCCUUUUAUUUAAAAUGCACUUCUGGGUUAUUUGUGGGGCCUGCCUGGUGUUUUCACAUGAGUAGAAUGUGUGCUUUUAUUUAAAAUGCAUCUCUGGGUUAUUUGUGGGACAUAGGAAUUCGUUCAUUCCCCCCCAAAAAAAUAUAGUCUGACCCCCCACAAGGUCUGAGGGACAGUGGACUGGCCCCCUGCUGAAAAAGUUUGCUGACCCCUGCCUUAGAGCUAUACUAAACUCCUCCCAUAGAGAACUACAAAAUCUACCAAUAAAAUUUAUCCUGUCCCACUAUCAUCCACAAACACCUAUCAUUUUAUAGAAGAUCCUUUCACCUAACAUGCAUGUUGCCAGCUACAACACACACAGCAAACGCAAACCAACUUAUAAUUUUCACAAACGUAUUCUGCUUCAGCAGAAACUUUCCAUUUAUUAAGCUAUGAUGCUUGCUUACAAAGUGUGACCAUUACAGCAACAUCUUUGUAGUGCGUUCCCAUUGGCUAAUUAUAUCCUGCAUAUUCUUUACAGUAAUGGCUCCCCGGAUAAGACUGAACAUAGCAAAGCCUCUUCCCACCAUAAGUGAAGCCCUUGAGGAAAUUCUAGAUGACAUAACAAGCAACACAAAAGGUUUUGGAAAUGCUUGCACGAGUCCAGAUUCUUCUUCUGGUGAAGACUACCUUCAGUCUAUCUGCCAGCUGGCAAGACCUACCUUUCCAGUCCUACCAGAGAGUCAGCGUAAAGUCCAAGACACAGAGAAACUGGGAACGCUGCAUAAUAGUCACAGGGUCUUCAGCUUGUCUGAGACACCAAAAAUAGUCUCCAGGUAUAAAAUAACUGACAUUCUGCCUAAUGUGAGGACAUUCGAAAGAAAUAGCUCCAUUCUAGAUCAUAUCAAAACCUACUCGAGCUCUAAAGUCGACCCGCUAGAAGAGUUAUACACAGAAGCUGAGAGGACUCAUCGGUGGAGAUGUCCUAAUGGAAGUGAGAACACUGACCGUUUACAACAUAAUUUUCAAGGCAUCAGUGUAUCUGAACCUCGAGAAAAAGCUAUGGAGAAACCAGAUGCUGUCAGCUUCCCCAGACUUCCCUCCCCAAGACCAAUGCAAAGAGAAAACAGCUGCCCAGAGCUAAAAAGUCUGAGAAACCAAGGCAAGAUGCCAACUCUGGAAAGUAGCCCAUAUCAGAAAGAGACUGACCCUCUCAUUGUUAAUGGUAAAUCGAUCUGGCUGCACCCACCCAGAGAAACUCCACCAGACACCAAGAUUUUGAGAUAUUCACAAAGGGGGCAGCAGACUCUGAAGGCAGCAGCUUUCCCUGAAAGAGAGCAGCAGCCAAAGCCUUCCAUUUAUAAUCACAAUGUGAAGGGAGAGGUGAGCAACCGAGCAGGCUGUGUGGGAUACUUCCACGUUGACAAAAGAAACACAAGCUGUGACUGGAUUUCAGAAUACCAAAGUGCUUGGAAAGAAGCAAAGGUGAGAGCUUGCCUGCUGCCUGCCAUUGCAGAAUCAUGAAUUGCUACUUUAUGCGAAGAAAAGACGGAGUGUUUAUGUGCAGCCUCUGUCUGCUGCAAAGUGCAUUGUCCAGAUGACCUGGAGAACAUUCAGAGCUUCAGAGUGUCAAGUGUGGAGAAGAAAUUGCAGCGCUGAAAGGAGAAUGCAUUGCAGACUCGGUGAUUUUAGCUAUUCAGAUAAUGAGUUGUAAUGAUUAUACAUUUUGUAACCCCUUGUAUCUUUGGCUCUGUGGAAAUAGAUGAUCCCCCCUAUCCUAAUUAAGUUCCUCUCUUAAGUGCGCUCAGAGUUCAUCUAUAAAGUUCUGUAGAAGCAUUUCUUGACAGCAGAAUUUUAUAAUUCUGCAUGUGCAGAUCCUGCACAGAAAUAUUAGCUGUGCAAACAUUUUUUAAAAAUUAAUCUAGUAAACAGAGUGGAAAUACAUAGGCUUCAUCUACCCACCCAAAGAGCAACUUCAGUCUUGCUGGAUUUUUAGUAUCAUCGCUACCAAUGCAAAAUAGAAAACUAGUCCAGAAGGGCCUAGAAGCAAAGGCCUAAGUUAAUAAGGGCAUAAGGACACAAGGAAAGGCCAGCUGGACGAGAACAAAAGGUUUGUUCAGUCCAGCAUCCUGUUUCUCACAUUGACCCACCUGGGGAGUCCCCAAGCAAGGCACAAAGUCCAUAGCUCAGUGGCUGAGCAUCUGCCUUACAUGCAUUGAACCUUACAAGUCCCAGGUUCAAUCCCCAGCAUCUCCAGGGAAAGUUGGGAGGACUCCUACCUGAAACCCUGGAGAGCUGCUGCCAAUAAGUGUAGACAACCCUGAAUGGGAUGAACCAAUCGCCUGGCUCAGUAUAACACAGGCUCCACCCUGUUGGUGCCACGCUAUUCAAACAACAUGCUGCCUCUCAAAAUGGAGGCUUGAUAUAGCCAUCAUGACUAAUGGCCACUGACAAACCUUUAUCCUCCGUGAAUUUGUCUAACCCCGCCUUAGAGCCAUUUACGACAAUCACAUAUUGUAGCUUCAAGUCCCACAACUUAAUUAAUCUGCUGUGUGAAAAAGUUGUCUCCCUUGAUCGUCAGGUUCCCAGGUAGAUUAUAUACUCAUAUGUAGAAGUUGCAGUGUCAGCUACUCAACAUUCCCUGUUGCCUGUUCCUCUUAGCCUUGGUCAUUUCUCCCUCCCUGCCGUCCUUUUUAUAGGGCUUUGGCCCUGCCGUUCAGCUGCCACUUCCUUGGAGGAAGUCAGGUCCCAGCUGCUUCCUGAACAAUGGUCCAACAACCCUGUAGCCAGCUCCUUUUCACCUCUGCCAAGUUACAUCUGCUAAGUCAUAUAAACAAAUACUUUUUAUUUGUUCUGUAAGCAUAGUAAUGAAGCAACAUUAUUUUUGGCUUUUGGUUACUCUAGUCUAGAAUAAGCUGUAGGGGAACACAGUACUUUCUUCACUGUAUUGAAGCAGAAGUGCAAAGUUCCUGUUUCUCUUAGAGAGGAGCAGGAGGCGACCUGUCGUUUGGUCCAAGGGAGAGAAACAAGCUGGUGCUUGACACCUUUUGGUGUCCAGCUCUAAGUGGCUCCCAGAACCUUUUCCUCUUUUUUUACACUUACAUGGAAAGUGAUGUUUUAAUGCAGCUUGUGUCUAUUGAUAUAAAAUCCGUAAACAGAAGGCUGGUGACUCUGUUUCACUCUAAUUUGGAGGGACCAAGCAAGACUUGCCUGGAGGUUACUGCUCAUUUCCUCUAGCAUCAGCUGAACAGGGAAGUCAGGCUGCCAGUACUUAUCUGAACUUCUCUUGCUACUUGUCUAGUGUUGUUAUUUAGGGUUUUUUAAAGAAACAAACCCAUUUUGCAUUUGCAACCCAGCUGGCAGUGUGCCACCCCCCCCCAGCAUAUUGCACUACUACUUUCUGCAUCAACAUUAUUAUCAAUUAAUUUUAGAUUAUGUCCAGUAUCCAGCUAUUACUGUUCAAAGGGCUGCUUCUCAUGCUAUCACAUUGGCAAGUAUGGGAUAUGGGCCUUUGGUUAAUUUGGUUACAUCUAACUUGGAUACACAUUUCUCUCUGUCUCUUCCUAGUAUGUACAUGUAAUGUGGACUCAGAACUAGCAUGUGGCAUGUAUGAAAGCCAAGAACUGUGUCUCACUUUGAUUUGUUGCUGGAUAUAAGGUCAUCUAUCCACUAACUUUGCAAUGUUUGAAGUGGACCAAAGAGAAACCCUGCAGUUGCCAUGUUGUGCAGUUGGCUGUUGUUAAGUGUGGCCCAAAGAGGCCAUUUAUUUGGUGUGCUGUUCCAAGAAACCUUGAUUUUUAAACAUUAUACAUAUGAGGGGUAUUAACAUUUACAAACCCAUCCCUCGUUGUGUUGGAAGAGGUGAUAUGAACAUUCAUGUCAUGUCAGCCUUGAUUGAUAAGGAAGCCUCCAUUGUGAAUGGGGUAAGUCGGAAUCUUGUCUCCAGUAUUAGUGCAAAAUCAUGAUGUCAGCUGGAAAUAAAACCUCACUUCAGUCCAAGAACAAAGUUGCCAGUAUAUUUAGUGGUAUAGUCUGCAAUCCUAGAGUCACUUAACUAGGAGUAAACCCAGCUGAAGAACUCAAUAGCACUUACAUUAUAGGAUUGCUGUGCUAGCUGCCCUCUUUAUACUUAUGGUACAAUGGGCACUAAAUCACUUCAGACUUCAGAUGGGGAAAAAUAUUUUUAAGGCUCCCUUAUGUUUUGUCUUCAAUCUCUCUGCAAAUAGAAACCCAGGACAGCAAGGAAAUAGCUGGCAAUUAAACUUUUCUCCCUGAUGUGAUAGGGUGGGGUGUUUUUUUGUUCAACUAGAGGGAGCAUUUGAAAGCAGUACCCACUUGUGUGUGCCUAUACACAUUCACACACUUACAAAUAUCAUGUAGGGUGAUUCUCUUUCCAGCUUAAAAGGUAAAGGUAAAGGUACCCCUGCCCGUACGGGCCAGUCUUGACAGACUCUAGGGUUGUGCGCUCAUCUCACUCUAGAGGCCGGGAGCCAGUGCUGUCCGCAGACACUUCCGGGUCACGUGGCCAGCGUGACAAGCUGCAUCUGGCGAGCCAGCGCCGUUUACCUUCCCGCUGGUAAGCGGUCCCUAUUUAUCUACUUGCACCCGGGGGUGCUUUCGAACUGCUAGGUUGGCAGGCGCUGGGACCGAACGACGGGAGCGCACCCCGCUGCGGGGAUUCGAACCGCCGACCAUGCGAUCGGCAAGUCCUAGGCGCUGAGGUUUUACCCACAGCACCACCCGCGUCCCUUUCCAGCUUAGCCACUGGCAAACCUCUUGAUUUCAGUAAGCCCUGUAAUUCCAUGGCCCAGUUUCUAAUGAGGCUACUAAUGACAAUUCAUUCCUGUUUUAAUGUGCAGUGAAUCAAAGGGUUGAUUAUACAUGAGUUGUAUAUUUUUGCCAUGUGCCAUCUACAGCGACCCGUGUAACAUAUAUAGAUUUCUGUCAUCGUCAGACUCCUAAGAGCAUAGCACAUUGCAAGCUAACUGUAUUGCACAUUUCAGAAGCUUAAAAGAGACAUCUCAUCAAACGUGCAAUUUACUAUAUCGUCAUUAUUGAAAUGCGCUUACCAAAAAUGUUCUAACUAGAAUCAGUGCUCAUUCAUGCUUUCGGUUCAAUCAAUAGCUGAAAUGAAAAAGCACAGACAUUUCCAUGGUGUUUAUUGCUAAUCAAACUUGUGCAGCCUUUGGGGGAACGAAAACUGAUAACAAAAUCAGUUACAUGGUCCAAAAAUGCAAAUUGCUAUAAGCAUACGUGGGACAAAGCUCGUAAGUCACUCUCCGCAGUGUCAUAUGUCUUUGUGAGCUGCCUUGUGGAUUCUGUCGUGAGCAGAAGGCAGGGUAAAAAUAAAAUUAAUGUUAUGCUCUAAAGCUUCAACCUACACAAAGCUAAUUAGGAGUAUGUGCCAUGGAAAUUGGUGUGACGCACUUCCAAGUAAACAUGCAUUACUGGGAAGUAAGCUCCAUCGCACUCCCUGAGGUUUCUAAAUAAACAUGAUUUUAGAGCUGGGAUGUAAACCCCCCUGGAAGAAAAAUGCUUUAGAAAACAAAACCGUUAAGUGUAUAUGGGACAAAUUGACAGCUAGAUCGCUACUUUUUUUUUUUAAAAAAGAGUACAGCUUGACUGAUUUGACUAUUCCCUUAUAUUUUUCUGCUGUACCAUAAUGUCAAAAACUGUGGGACAAAUUGCCACCUUAAUUUCCGCCCCACAGCUACGAUUCUUGCACACUUACUUAGAAGUAGCUUUCUGUGGGGCAGUUUGUGCGUGCAGGAGUGCCACAUCAAAAACUUGUUACUGCAUGUGUGCUUGUAUGGGCAUACUCACAAUCAGAAGUUCCCAAUCAUCUCACACACCCACUUUGCUUUACCAUGGCGUGGGUUUGCACAUUCAGCUGCCAGGCAACAGAGCACAGAAAAUGCAUUUGUAAAUCAGGGCAGCAAUAUAAAUCUUGCACAAGGACGCAGCCAAAGUGUUAAUCAAAGAUGGCCUUUAAGCUUCCUGGAAUUGUCUGAAAACAAAGAAAAGUCGAGUCCUCUAGCCAUCCAAAGCAGCUAGGAAGCUUUUAAAUAGAGGUGCUUCUAUAAGUAUGCUUUACUCUUUUUUUAAGCACCUCUUCCUGUCUCCCUGCUCCCACAUAUCUUAAUCCGAUUCUGAAUAUCCCUUCAAUGUCAAAAGUGAUUUGCAAGUGAAAUGAAAUGCAUAGCCAGCAUCCCCUGGACCAUGCUGAAAGGUUUUUUGUAUCCUUGAGAUUGGAUUUAAGACACUUAGAGCGGCAUUUAACCAACUUGUUGCACUAGUGCAGGCAUGUCCAAAGUCCAUUUUGGGGGCCUAAUCUGGCCCACCGGUUAGUUUAAUCCGGCCCCUGUGACAGUUUAUUUCCUGGGGCAAAAUCCUAAAAAAAACCCUUAACAUCAACAACUUUGGUUUGCCCUCUGGUUGGCCCCCACGGCCCUUCAUGUCAUCAAAUCUGGCCCUCUUUGAAAAAAGUUUGGCCACCACUGCACUAGUGGAAGCUAGUGAAAUGAGUUUCUGCAUUGCUUAUCAUGUGGCAGUGGCUUCCAGCGUGAUCUCUGAGAUCUCGUGGAACUCUUUGUGAGAUCUUGCCAGAAGCCACCACCGCAUACCCUGUUUUGUGUGAUGUUGAAUUCCACUUGCAGUUGUUGUGUUUGAUAUUCUUUCCCCAUCUAUGGUGGUUCUCAAGUUUUUGCUCUGCAGAACACCCAAGCUCUUCAGUCUAUUGUUUGGAGAUUACAGCCCUUAUAUGAAUGGAUUCCUAUAGGCCAUCCUUGGUCAACCUGAACUACAGCUUCCCUCAGUCUCUGGCAGCAUGGCCAUGCCAACUGGGCCUGAUGGGAGUUGUAGUCCCAAACAUCUGGAGGGCACCAGAUUGGCCAAGGCCUCUUCUGCAUUGAAGUAUAGCCUCCCCCCAGUAUACCAUCUAUCAAAGGAUUUGUGAAAAGUCAGUGCCUAGCUACAAAUCUGCUGUGCUAUAUGUAGGAUUUUGAUCCUGAUAACGAUGUGUGCGCUUUGAGAAUUUAUGCAAAUAAACGUGUAAAAGCUC